CCGCAGCGGAGUCAAACUAUAAAGCUGUAGCAACCACAGUCACAGCAGCAACAAUCUAUAAAGCCGUAGCAACCACAAUCGCAGCAGUAACAAUCUAUGAAGCCACAACUGCAGCAGAAUCAAGGUAUGCCAGAGCAGGAUUGAGACAUUCUAGAGUGGCAAGAUCAGAGUGUCGAAGUCUCAUUUGA